AUGACGAAAUUUACAGCUGACAAGGAUCAGUUCUCCUCGAUCAAAAUUGACACGGUUGUUCCACCGGACAACAUAUUGGAUAUGUUGAUUAUAGCCGGAGUUUGCCUACCAUCGGUCUGCUAUUUUAAUAGAGAUAUUUUAACUUUGACACUGUCACCACUUAAUAUGUUCAUUCCACAGCUAGGUAAUGGUCUACUACGUCUUCUGAAUAACGACUCUGUUCUCAUUUCGAUAAUUAUUCUGGAGUUCGCCGUCCAUUUGACAGAGUCCCUAGUGUUUCUAAGACCGAGACUAAAUUACUACAACGUCCCUUCGAGGUGUGCUAUCAAGUGGUAUUUUUGGGGGAUUAUUGAGGGUUACUCUCCCGUCAGAAGAAUAAAUCGUCUUGCUUCUUCAAAUUCCUCGAAAAUUCAAUAG